ACGACAAGCUCGACUGGCGGCGCGCGCGACGUGUGUGUGUGUGUUUGUGAUCCACGUUGGUGGUACAUCGUCGGCCUGGUCGCCAGGGAAAGCGUGUUGCGGUUUUUCUUGGAAUUACCGGGAGCUAACCCACCCCCAAGGUGCACUGAAAGACAGACGCGGAUCUUCAGGUAACUGUGUUAUCAUCUACUGUAGGCCUACAGUUGCUUUGCAAGCCCCGAACGGUUACUCGCUUCUCAGCGCAAUGAACAGAGAAGAAAUACCUAUCUGCAGAGAGGAAUUUGUUUAACGGCAUCAAGAUGAUAUCCAAGAGCUAGCGGCAGGGAAUCCGGAACCGCUUUAUGCCAGUUUUUGAAUUCUGGAGCCAAGUGCUUGUCCUGCUUGAUGUGUGACCUGUGCCACCUCCAUUGACCUUUGACCCCUUGGUGUCAGCCAGCUACGCCCCAGCAGCAAUGCCGUCCGUUCUGACACCGCCCCCCACUGGGGAGUACGGGGCCUAUCUCGACAUCCAUGCAACCGGGGCAACAGCGACAGAAAAGCCCAAGAGGGAAGAUGUUCCUGAAGCGUUCAAUUUCUGGGAGCACGCCAACGCACCCUAUCUUAUAGCCAUUGGAUGCGCAGUGGCCAUUGUCAUUCUUGUCAUUGUACUUUUAUGUGUAUGCAGGGCUUGGCAAAGAGCCAAGCACCUUAGGGAAGAGAACACACGAAUCUGUGUACAGUCGACCAUCAAGCCCACGAUACGGGACGGCCAGCCAGUCCAGCCUGAGGCAGGCUACACCUAUGCUUCCUGCGCUACUAGUCAGCCAAUCAAAAUCAAGUCCAAGGGCCUGCACGAGAGGAGAAGUUCCGGAGCAUCUUUAACGAUAGACAUCAACCAGCCGGCAGGGACGGUGAGAUGGACAGCGUCGCCACCUCGAGAAAGCUCUGUGGCGGAAUACCUCGAAUCCGCAGGCAACCGAAUGACAAGAAAACAACUACGCAACUCAGUCAAAAAUAUCCGAGCACUGCACGAGGAAUUCUGGGACAUUCCAGACAACCACACGGUCAACAUUGAGGUGCCCGGCUCGGCCUCGAAAAACCGCUACCCCAAAAUUUUGCCAAAUCCCACGACCCGAGUUGUGCUACCUUUCAUUCCUGGGGACUCACUCUCGGACUACAUCAAUGCUAACUACAUCAGGGGCUAUGACAGGGAACCGAUGGCCUUCAUAGCAACGCAAGGCCCCAUGGUCCACACCAUCGUCGACUUCUGGCGGAUGGCCUGGUUCACAAAGGCACCCAUCAUCGUCAUGGUUACCAAACUUAAAGAAAGAAACAAGAAUAAGUGCGACAAGUACUGGCCUCCACAGCAAGGUGUCUACGGCGACAUCGAGGUCAACGUUCUUGAAGUUGAUCGUAAGGAUGACUACACAGUUAGGACAUUAAACUUAAAGUACUUAGAGGAAAGUCGACAGUUGCUGCAUUAUUGGUACACUUCCUGGCCAGACAACAAGGCACCAGAGAACCCUCUGACGCUACUUGAGAUGAUCAAGGAGGUCGAGAUAUCCAGAAUGGACACCAGCCUACCACGGGGACCGGUGAUAGUCCACUGUAGUGCUGGGCUCGGCAGGACGGGCUGCUACAUCGCCAUCAGCAUCGGUAUGAGAAACCUGGAGGAGGAAAAGAUGGUGGACGUGCUAGGCAUCGUCUGCCAGAUGAGACAAGACAGGGGUGGAAUGAUCCAGACGAAUGAACAGUAUGAGUUCGUGCACCAGGCCCUCUGUAUGUACGAGAAGCGACUUCCCGAGAACGGAACCUCGACAGACUGAGCACCUAGCAGCCGUCACUUUCACAAGGCGCUCCCAUAGCAACCUUAGAUGUGUUAGUUGUGGAUUUAAUACCCGUGAAGACACCGCGAGCGCACCGUUUUAUAAAAAAAAGUUGUCUACCGAAGUCUUCUGCGUGUCGUUAGCAGUCAAAACGUGUACCUCCAUCGUUAGUAGAUUUUGUACAGAGAUAUAGUUCAGUCGAUACAAGAUGAGAUGUUCUUUACAAAAUUUGAAUCAGUAGGAUUCUUUUCCUAAGGGAAGGUUUUUUGUAACAAGUUGUUCAGUGUGAAUCAGCAGACCUUGCCUAAUGUGCAACCAGGUUCUGGGCUUUCUUUCCACUACAGCUUCUUGCUUUCAGUCAAACUUAAGUCUGGAAUUCCAGCUGUUUGUGCUUUCUAGAAGCUUGUCUCUGAUUUAAACAAAAAAUUAUUCAGUGAUGGAUGACUGUGUAUCAUAUCUGUGAAAUAUGACUCGAGUGCAAUGAAUAUGUAGAUAGAAUCUAAAUCGUCGAUUGAUAAAUGGACAGAGUGCAAGGAUCAUCAACAGCAAAUUUUGAAUUCGUCCGGAAGCUGAAACUCUACAUUGGUGGUUUUUUUGUUUCCUCUUUUUUCCUGUAUUUUUUUUUUAAAUUUGUACCAUGUACUCAAUGCAGCUGAAUGGUUCUGUGUGGUUGGUGUAUGCGUGAUGUCAUCUCAUAGAUGAGGAUAUUGUGUGGAUGUCAGCUUGUAGUUGAUAUCGGUUUCUUGUUGAUGUCAUCUCACAGUGAGAACAUUUUGUUGAUGUCAG